AUGUCGAAAAGACCGGUCCCCCUGAAGUGGUUACACCUCCUGAUCCAGGCGCCGACACAGGGGAUCGACUCUGCCCUGCCGAUGGCAUUGCGGGGACCCCUCUUCCAAGUGCUGCACGAGGCCCUGGAGGCGGGACCGAACCUCGUGAUGAAGGCCCCUGUCCACCCGCUUGAGGGUAGUGAUGCCCGUGAUGAGGUGACAAUCCAGCCGAAGACAUGGAAAAUGAUGAUUUAUGCGGAGGAGGAUAUAAAGCCUUUGGCCCCUUCGGAACAUUAUGAGGAAACUCGCGUGCAGGCGCCUCACUUGUGCGUGCUGUGGGUGCUACAUAAGCUAGAUGAGGAUCUCGGCCAAAUUGAGGGGUUGAUGGAGGAGGUUGGUGAGUUGAUACUGAGGGCCUUCGCCCGAAUGGUGAGGUAG